AAGAAGAAGAGGAAGAAGAAGCAAAGUAGAAAAUGCAGAUCAGAGCAUAUAAAACCAAUCAAUAAAAAAGAAAACCAACCCUAUCAGAAGAAAAAAAAAACCAAUUUCCGGGGCCAUUGUUUCCGGUGCUGUCUUUCUCUCUCUAUCUCAGAUGGUAAAGGGAGGGAAAGUUAGUUCCAAGCGCAGAGUCAAGCCCCGAAUUCGGUCAAACUAUAAGGGUUCCGAUGAUUCGGAUGAAGAUUAUGUAGUUUCAGAUGAAGAAAAGCUAGCAUCGGAGGAUUUGGAGGAGGAUCAUUGUUCCUUGGAUGGGAAUGCGUCCGAAGAUAGCUUUGGUAGUUUUGUGGAGGAGGAAGAGAAAGUGGGAUGGGUGAGGAAAAACAGUAGAUCAAGAAGCAAAAAGGGUGUUGGUAGAUUAAUUGAGGAGGGGGAAGAGGAGGAAUAUGAAGAGGAAAUCAAAAAGGUGAGAAAGAAUGGUAGAUCUAGAGCCAAAAAGGGUAUUCAUAAAUUUAUUGGGGAUGAAGAGGAGGAGGAGGAUGAGCAGGAGUGGGAGGAAGAUGAAGAUGAAGAGGAAAUAAAGGUCAGAAAGAAUGGUAGAUCCAGAGCAAAAAAGGGUAAACAUACACAUAUUGUGGACGAGGAUGAGGAGGAUGAGCCAUAUGAGUUGGAAGAGGAGGACGAAGAAGUAGAAGAUGACGAAGAAGAAGAGAAAGAGGUUAAAAAGGUGGCUCGAUCAAAGUCCCAAAAGGGUUUCUCUUCUAGGCAGAAAAAUGGGAUUAAACCAUCACAAAAGAGGAGAAGGACUAAAGAUGAAGAAAUGGCAGAUCAGGAUUAUGAAGUAGAGGAAGAAGAAGAAGAAGAAGAAGAUGACUAUGAUGAGGAAUUUGCACCCGAUGAAGAUGAUUAUUCAGAUGUAGAAGAUGAAUCAAGGAUGAAAAAGAAGAAAACUAAUUUGAAAGUGGGCAAAUGGCGUUUGAAGAAAAAAGGUCCUAUAAGAAGGAAAUCAAAGAAGCCUUUAAGAAAGAAACAGAAAAAGAAUCGUACAUUAAAGAGGAAAGUAAGAUCUGAUGAUGAUUUUACAGAUAGUAUCUUGCCUGUUAGAGAAGUCAAGGAGAAAAAAGAGCCAAAGAAAAGGAGGAGAUAUCUUGCAACAUCCGAUUCAGAUUUCAUGUCUUCUGAAUCAUGUGAUGGUGAUUACACCAUUUCUGAGGAAGAGAGAGAGCAAGUGAGGGAAGCAAUGCAGUUGUGCAGAAGUGUAGAACCUAAUUUUAGAAGCUCAUUAGAGUGUGACAGAAAUCAGGAGAAUGAGGUUGUACAGCCAGCAAGAAAGCCUCCUGGUAGGAAAGGUAAAGAAAAGAUUGAGCAAGUGAAGGUCAAGGUGGUUAAGCAGGUCUGUGGAAUUUGUCUCUCUGAGGAAGAUGGGAGAAGAGUGCGGGGAACACUAGACUGCUGCACUCAUUAUUUUUGUUUUUCCUGCAUCAUGGAAUGGGGCAAAGUGGAAUCUCGCUGCCCGUUAUGCAAGCAGAGGUUCAAAACAAUUAGUAAGCCCACAAGAGCUGGAGCUGAUUUGAGAGAAGUGUCGGUAACAGUCCCUGAGCGUGAUCAGGUUUAUCAGCCAACGGAAGAAGAACUGAGAAGCUAUCUUGACCCUUAUGAGAAUGUGAUUUGUACAGAAUGUCAUGAAGGUGGAGAUGAUGGGCUCAUGCUACUCUGUGACGUGUGUGAUUCACCUGCUCACACCUAUUGUGUUGGUCUUGGGCAGGAAGUACCUGAAGGGAAUUGGUAUUGUGAAGGUUGUAGACCUGUUGCUCUCGGAUCCUCAAGUUCCCAGAAUCAAGGUUGGUUGACUGAGCAGAGAACUACAAACAACAUCUUGCCUACUAGACACUUGCCUGCUGCAAGUUUCGGUGAAGGUUUAGAGAUAGACCUUAAUUCAUUGUCCUCUCCUCGUUCCUAUAUUGCUCCAGGAUUUGGGAAUUCUUCUUCGUCUUGGUUUCAUGUUGGAGGUUUUCAAGCAGCUUCCCCGGGAUCCGGGGCAGGGGCACCAACUCUGUCAGGAAGACGUCAAAUUCACCGUCAUAUUCACCAGUUGCUUUCCGCUAAUAGAAUGAACAUAGUUCACAGUAGAAAUGAGAGGAAUUUGUCUGGUAAUUUGAAUACUGAUACCUUAAAUGCUCAAACUGCUCAGGGGAGGGAAACAAUAGUUCAGCAUGCAAGGACAGACGGAAUGAGCAGAUCCUUUCACACAUUCUUUGAUGAGAGAUUACAAGAAGAUCCCUCACGACAAUUGCAGGAUAAUGAAAUAUUUUUGUCACCAAGCCAUCAGAGAAGGCAAGUAAUCCAGGAGGCAACUACAACUUCUGCUGAUCGACCUAGCAAUGGAACAUUAUGGCCUGGACUUGCAGAGAACACAAUAUCAGGUCAUGUGCAAACAAACCACUUCACCAGUAGGCCAAAUAUUGGUUGCGAUGGUGAUAUGUCCCCUAAUACACUUAUGGGAUCGAGUGAUUUUCAUAGAGCGAAGGAACAACUGCAAUCAUUGGUCAUAAGCCACUUAAAAGAAUUGUCUUGCGGUAAAGAAUUAGGCCAAAGUACUACUACUUUUGAGGACAUUGCAAGGAGUGCUAUGCAGACCAUCCUAGCUGCAUGCGAACUGGAGCACGUCGUCGGUGAUGUAGUUCCCGUGCCGCCUCCAUCACCCUGUCCUCACAUUGAAUUAGUGGUGGGAAAGUCAAGUCUGAUGAGGGGUUUCUGUUCAUCUUGUUUCACACAAUUUGUUGAAGAUGUCGUAAAGAAGGUCAUGGAAAAAAAAAUAUCACCAUGGUUGACAUUAGCUCUCUAGGUAUAGAUGCAGCAAGGGUGACCCCUUUUCCCCAUUUUGCUAGGAAUGUAGAACAUCGUUUCUUUUAACUUGUUUAUAGAUUUAACUCCAAACGACUCAUUCAUAAUCAAUCCAAUUGUUUAGAUAGCACAAUUCAAAUAACUCAGUGCAACUAUUGUGAAUAAAUCUGCUUCAAAUUGUUUGUUGAA